AUGCUGUUUAUUGUCAUUGCCCUUCUCUACUUCGCGGCUUUCAUCUUGGCCAUUCCCAUCCCCUUGCCUGCCACUCUCAACCAAGAAGCCUACGAGGAGGCUCACCACAGAGACGAGACUGCCACUCGUGCCUUUUCCAAUAUCCAAAUCAAGACUUCUGAUGGCCGCUGCCUCUAUGUUGAAAAGACAUCUGGUGACUUUCGCGCGAAUCUGACCCCCAUCCAGAUCGCCGACUGCGGAACGACUGAUGGUCAAGGAUGGGACUUCAUCACCAAGGGCGCGCACAACGACAAGGAAGGCUACACGCUCAUCGUCAGCACCCUCACGCAGGCGUGUUUCAACGCCGACCCCAGGCGGAAACCUGGGAGCCAGAUCAACCUCUUCUCGUGUGGAGGACGGGCAGAUGGAUCUGGCGAGGUGACGGACUCUCAGCUGUGGAAGUUUGAUGGGGGCAAGGGUCCGCUGGGACUGACUCCCAUGAAUGGCGAAGGGUUCUGUCUGUUUGCAGUUGAUGGAGUGAUUGAUGUUGAUAACUGCAACAAUGGGACGGAGCAGGUGUUUACACUAGCUGGCUAG